AUGUGCACGGGGGGCUGCGCCAAGUGCCUGGGGGGCACCCUCAUCCCCCUCGCCUUGUUUGGCUUCCUGGCUAACAUCCUGUUAUUCUUCCCUGGAGGAAAAGUGAUAGACAAUAACGACCACCUUUCUGAAGAGGUCUGGUUUUUCGGAGGAAUAUUAGGAAGCGGGGUCUUGAUGAUUUUCCCUGCGCUGGUGUUCUUGGGCCUGAAGAACAAUGACUGCUGUGGAUGCUGCGGCAACGAGAGCUGUGGGAAGCGAUUCGCGAUGUUCACCUCCACAAUAUUUGCUGUGAUUGGAUUCUUGGGUGCUGGAUACUCAUUUGUCAUCUCAGCCAUCUCCAUCAACAGGGGUCCUAAAUGUCUCAUGGACAAUAGCACGUGGGGCUACCCCUUCCACGAUGGGGAUUACCUCAAUGAUGAGGCGUUAUGGAGCAAGUGCCGGCAGCCUGCCGAUGUGGUUCCCUGGCAUCUGACCCUCUUCUCCAUCCUGCUGGUCAUAGGCGGAGUCCAGAUGCUUCUCUGUGCCAUCCAGGUGGUCAACGGCCUCCUGGGGACCCUGUGCGGAGACUGCCAGUGUUGCAGCUGUUGUGGGGGAGAUGGACCAGUUUAA